CUAACAACUGUGAUUAUCCUGCAGGUGUGAAGAUGGGCGUGUGGGCGUGGUGGUCAGCCAGAACCGUCCUCUCCGUCCUCAUCUGCGUAUCCGUGACAUCCCUCCUCAUCUCCUACCACCUCACCAUUCUUCAGGUGCGGGGAUGGGUGACUCCUGAAGGGCAGCCAGGUGAACGAAGUCCCCAUCACCGUGAUAUACUGUCCAGGGUCCUGCUGUCUUGUUACCCCGCCCACAACGCCACGACCCUCUCCUGGCCCUCCUGACGAAGCUGGAGUCCUCGUACCUGCAGAAGGCCAGGGAGGCGGCGCCCACGGUACUGGUUAGGGGACAGAAGCUCCUCGUCUCCAGGGACCUCCCAGCUUAUGCCCACGCCCUAACACCCGCGUCUAUUGGACGUGAAAAGACACCCAGACACACCCACGAUCAUGGGCUGGACCUUAUGGGGGAGAGAGAUGGCGCCUAUGACUUCUCUCAGGGGAAGGGAGACGCCCACACCCCGCCCACGACGCCCAAAAUACGCCUUCUAGACACCACCGCCCACCGUGUGAGGAUGGUGGGCGUGAAUGGCUCAGUCUACUAUGCCCUGGAAGAGGAGGCAGCAGCAGGAGGUCGUGUGUGAGACUGGAGGCUGCUGGUGUGUCUGGCUUAUACUGACGGCGACUCCUCCGCUUGUCUCCCCAGAAAGCUCUUCCCCUCCCUCAGGCCACACCAGAAGGUAGGUCGCCUCCCUGGGUUACGAGGGACCCUGUGGCGUCGAGAGAGUUUGUGCGACCUCCUCCACGCCUCAAGGUUGGUUCCACCUAUUCGUGCCCUCGUCCCAGCUUGCUACGCUCUCCCCGCCCACAUCACCUAUCUCACCGCUGCCGCUCACGCCCUCCCAGACACCGCUCAGUGGGUGGUGAAGGCCUCCCACUCCGGGAAGGGCGUGGCGGUGGUAGACAACAGGAAACUACUGGAGGACUUGCGUGAUAAGAGGCUGGGGUCAGGACAGAUGGUGCAGGUUCACUGGGGUCCGCCGCUGCAGGUGCUGGGGGUGAGCGUGUCGGUGAGGCUCUACCUCCUGCUGGGGUCGCUGCAGCCCCUACGAGCUCAUGUCCACACCCACGGCGAGGUGGUGUUCCGGCACCCCCCAGCCAGAGGCUACGCCAAGAUCCAGGACCGAGUGUGGACGUGGUCUGAGUUGGUGUCGUGGGUGGGCCGCACGUCGGGCGAGGAGGCCAUGCGGGCCAUGGUGGGCCACACUGAAGCUGUGCUAGUCACACUGGCCCUGGCUGCUGACUUACUACUGCCUCCCAAGGUCCACAACCUGAAGAAGGCUUCACGACGCUACAGGUGCGAGGGGUGCUACCAGCUGCUGGGUGUUGACCUCGUCUACAAUUCUACCUUCUACCCGGCUGUCCUGGGCGUCAGCGGCCAACCAGACCUCUCCUUCACUUCCGCAGACCUGGACGCCCACAAUGCCCAUGCUGUCGGCAGAAUCCAGGUGGCGAGGGACGUGAUGACACUGCUGACGAGAGAUGUACAGGUGGCGUCCCAAGUGAAUGAGGCCCUCACGGAGGCUGCUGACAAUUUGGGAGUGGUUGGUGUGGACUGUCUCAUUUCCCACGAGUUGUGUUUGACCCAACCAGACCUUGAGUACCUGCUGGAAACGAGAAGAGAAAACGGACAACUCACAACGGACAUAAAAAACGAACUAUUAAGUGGAGUAACUGCGCUAGAUAUCAGAACUCCCGGACGUGAGGAUAUCUCUUUUAACCCAAGGAAGAAUCCCUUUCGAUUACAAGAAAUUUACACCAACAGUAAAAAUAAAUGGUUGCAGUUUAAUGAUUCAUACACUCUAAAAAAUAAAAUGACACCUUCAGAAACUGUUAUGGGAUCCAGGGAAUACUCCGACCAGCCGCCAGACGUCACAACACAUACGCAGAAGAAGGCGAAGAGAGUGGGUUUUACAAUGGUCUACCCCUCACCAGUCGGCCGUAUCUAUGACCAGGUAAUCGGUGACCUGUACCACGCCGUCUCCACCAACACCAGCACCGCCUUCGCCCCAGCUGCCUACCUCCUCACGGAGAGUUGGCGUCAUGUGACCAGGGACCUACACGGGCUGGUGACGUCACUGGAAGCCCACCAUCGCCCCUUGCCCCCUGGCGUCUCACCCAUGUUGGACAGCCACGACCUGGAGCAGAACGAAGACAUCCACGAGAAAUGGUUGAGGCAUCAGGAGAGUACCAAGGACCGCUGUAUGCAAGACCCAACUACGGCACCAUACCUUCAGCGAAUCAUCCUGGUGCCAGACAUCACUCUCACGCCGACCUUCACCCCGCUCGUGACCUCCUACUGGGGCGAGGUGGAGUACGGGGUCAUCAUGGUGGAAGUCACUGGUGUGGCCCUCAACUGUCAGGCAGAGGCAAGACUCGAUGAUAAAUUCGGACCGUCUACGUUGGUGAACUACACGCUGGGACUCGGGGAGAACCGCGUCCCUCUGGCUGUGGUGGACAUAGGACAUUCAGAACCCUGGACCCUCAACACCUACACCAUCCACCUCACGCGGCGACCCCCACCAGUGCCCUCACCUGAUGUGACCAGUCUCCCUCACCAAGUGUGUGGUCUGAAGCAGGAGUGUGAGCUGAGAAUUUCGCCCUCAGAGCCUUGUAGUCUCAGCAUCGAGUCAUCCUUCAACUCGUGGAGGGUCUUCCUCUCUCACAGUCAGAGUCUUCCCGCCUGCCACCAGGGGGACGCCCACGGUCGCUGGGUGCUGCCGUGCGCGUCGUGUGUGGAGCGAGUGUUAUGUGACUGGUCUAAGGCGGUAUGGCAGCCCUUCUCCUGCACCCACUCGGCCCUCACUACCCACCACCUCCGUCACUGUCUCCACGGAAAGACGCUGGUGUUCCUAGGAGACAGUACUAACCGGGGGAUGCUGUAUGCCUUAGUGGAACGCCUCAAUGGGACUCUCACCUCCUGGGAUAAGACUCACGACCUCAGGGUGAUCCGCGGGGUAAACGACGGCCACACCACAUUCGCCUUCGCCUACUACCCCAAAUUCUGGCUGCCCUCCAACCACAGACCUGUCUUUGAUCAAACACUCUAUCAGCUGUUGCUCAGGGCAGGACCUUUGAGGAACAGUUCCAACACGGUGGUGGUGGUGGGCGGUGUACACUGGGUGGCGGCCCAACACCUGCAUAUGGUCUCCUCCGCCUUACACAGGAAGGGUCUUCAAGGAGCUCAGGUCAUUCUUAAAACACUGGGAGCUGGCUUCCACGUGGCGGCCCCAGGCGUCCACACGGUGUCCAUGAGGGACCACUCACGGCUGCUGGACCACUCCAAGUACCUGGCAUCGUUUGCCCACCACCGCGGCUAUCAGGUCGUCGACACUUUCAACAUGACUGCCGCCCGCUACCGUCAUUUUCUCCAAGGAAAGUGCGCCUGUCAUUUCCACCAGGUAGUGGCACGGCGGGGGGCAGGAGGAGAGACACAGUACCGGGUUGAAGGAGAAAUUAACGCCGUCUACACCAACAUCCUCGCCAACGCCAUUUGCUCACACCAACUGCCCGCCAGAUGAUAGUCUGUGUAUGGUUUACCUGCCUGAAGGUUCUGGCAGGUGAUUGGCUGCUGAAGCUUCCACUUUAGAGAGUGAGAGAUGUAAGCUGUACACCUUGUUGAAGUAUAGUCAUAAAGUGUUUACUUUUAUGUAUGUAUUUAUUGUAUAUAUAUAUAUAUAUAUAUAUAUAUAUAUAUAUAUAUAUAUAUAUAUAUAUAUAUAUAUAUAUAUAUAUAUAUAAUAUAUAUAUUAAUUAAUUAUAAAGCAAUAUAAAAUAUUCAGUAUACAGAGGCUGCCGCUCUCAUUACAGACAGUGGGGAACACACAAAGGCUGAUGCACAGAUUAGUGAACAAAAGACAGAACAGAACAUGGAGUUAGACUUAAGGCUGUGGAGAUGGAAUUAAUGGUUGUGUCCAAUACUGUAUAGAGCUGCGUUUCUUAACCUGGGGUCCUAGCACCCCCAGGGAGUGCUGAAAUCGAUUUUGGGUGGUGCUGGGAAAGGCCAUAUUUUUUUAAGAAUGAUCAAAGUAAAUUAUAAAGCAGUAUUGUACUGUAAUUACUUGUUAUAGCCCUGUAGCAACUGUAGUCUCUACAACCAGAUGAAGGGGGUGCUGGACUCCCUAGAUCUGACCACAGGGGGUGCUGAGGUCGGGAAAGGUUAAGAAAUGCUGGUAUAUAGCAAAAUCCCCCCAAAAUAAAAUUGUGGUACAGUACAGUACAGUAUAUUUAACAGCAAACUUUGACAGGUUAAAAAUUCUUAAAUUUUGGUAAGUAACAUAAGUUAUGAUGACAGAUGUGCAGGAAUAAUUACAACAAGAAUAGAUCAGAGAACAGCACUUGAUGAUCUCAGAGAUCCUUUAACCUGGAACAUAAAGUUUAAGUAAACAAAAAAAAAGAUGUUUUAGUGAGAGAAAUAAUGAAAACUUAAAAGAAAAAUGAAAAACAUUGAACAUAGAAUUAAAGAGAAAGAUGUUAUGGCAGAGAUAUUGGUGGGUAGGAGGGUCAGGGCAAGGCUGUGAGGGUAACAUGCAAUUAAAACAGGUCAAAAAGGUUGGUAACAGAGGGCUAUGGUUACCGACCCUCAGACAUGAAGACAGCACCAUGACUGACUGAUUCACUAUAGUCUAUACCUUAUCCACUCCCACAUACAGUACACAAACACGUUAUUCAUGUCACCAUGUUAUUUACCUAUAUAUUAAUUCUUGGUUAAAACACUCCACUUCCUCUAUUCUAUUUGAUCUUACUUUUACCUGUUCUUACUCUCACCUGUUCUUAUUCUUACCUCUUCUUACUUUCCUACCCACAAAAAUAUUUGACAACCAAGGUGACAUGACAGGGUAACAAACUCACAGGUAUAUAACAAACACAGUUAUAACACAAACACCAAAGGCUCUCUGUUGACUGUGGGUGUUGUGUAGACAGUGUACAUAAUGUCGUAUAUUUUUGUAUGAAAACAUUAAAAAAAUCAACAGCAAUAAAAUCAUACAUUCA